AAAGCUGUUCGACAAACCAACUUCGUCAGCUAGCCAACACAGCUAACUCAGCCAGCUCACUUCAGACACGCGAAUCAUUAGUACAUGAUCAAACGUAUCGGUUUGUUUGUCUCUUAACAUGUUUUGCCGUGUUUACGUAAUGCGCUAAACACGUUUUAUUUCCGUGUUAUCUGCUGCUUUAUAGGACAACGUCCACAUUUUAGCAGUCAGCCGCUAACAAAAUCUUGGCUGUGGCUCAAAACGCUGCGUACUUUAACAGCAUGUUUAUCUGUAUGGUAACGGCUGCAGCAGAUAUUUUCUACAGGGCUUUGCUGUAUUCUGAGCUGUAGUAUAGAAUCGCGCUUCGAUCGUUUCUCAGGAGCAUCUGUGUUAGGUGCCACUAUCACUGUACCCUCACCUGGCAUCAGCAACCGGACCGAAAUGGAAGCUAGUUUUGGAUCCACGUUCCCAGCGGUCCCUCAAGUAGCUAAAGCGGAAACUAAUUACAAACAGCACCGUAGAACCCCUUCAACCUCCAGCACUCUGACCUACUCCACUCGUGACGACGAUGAUGGCAUGCCGCCCAUUAGUACCCCUCGUCGCUCAGACUCUGCCAUCUCGAUUCGCUCUCUGCACUCCGAGUCCAACAUGUCGUUGCGCUCCACCUUUUCCCUGCACGAGGAAGAGGAAGACACGGAGCCACAGGUGUUUGCGGAGCAGCCCUCAGUUAAGCUUUGUUGCCAGCUGUGCUGCAGCGUGUUCAAGGACCCCGUCAUCACCACCUGCGGACACACAUUCUGCAGGCGAUGUGCCUUGACCUCAGAGAAAUGCCCCGUGGACAAUUCCAAGCUCACAGUGGUCGUGAAUAACAUAGCGGUGGCCGAGCAAAUCGGAGAGCUGUUCAUCCACUGCAAGUACGGCUGUCAGCCAGCUGCCUCGGGCAAACCCGGUGCCUUUGAGGUUGACCCACUUGGCUGUCCUUUCACCAUCAAGCUUAGCACCAGGAAAGAUCAUGAAGUGAGCUGUGACUACAGACCUGUUCGCUGUCCCAACAACCCCAACUGCCCUCCAUUGCUCACCAUGAACCUGGAGGCCCAUCUGAAAGAGUGUGAACACAUAAAGUGCCCUCACUCUAAAUAUGGUUGCACCUUCAUCGGGAAUCAGGACACGUAUGAGACGCACCUGGAGGUGUGUAAGUUCGAGGGUCUGAAGGAGUUUCUCCAGCAGACGGAUGACAGAUUCCAUGAGAUGCAGGUGACACUGGCACAGAAGGACCAGGACAUCUCGUUCCUGCGCUCCAUGCUGGGCAAACUCUCUGAGAAACUAGACCAGCUGGAGAAGAACUUAGAACUCAAGUUCGAUGUGCUGGAUGAGAACCAGAGUAAACUCAGUGAAGAUCUGAUGGAGUUCAGACGAGAUGCUUCCAUGCUGAAUGAUGAACUGUCUCACAUCAAUGCCAGGCUCAAUAUGGGUAUACUGGGCUCCUACGACCCCCAGCAGAUCUUCAAAUGCAAGGGUACUUUUGUGGGACACCAGGGUCCAGUGUGGUGUUUGUGUGUCUACUCUACUGGUGAUCUUCUCUUUAGUGGGUCAUCAGAUAAGUCCAUCAAGGUUUGGGACACAUGCACCACAUAUAAGUGCCAGAAGACCCUUGAGGGCCAUGAUGGCAUAGUGUUGGCUUUGUGCAUUCAGGGGAACAAGCUUUACAGUGGCUCAGCUGACUGCACCAUUAUUGUUUGGGAUAUUCAGACCCUGCAGAAAGUGAACACCAUCCGGGCACAUGACAACCCAGUGUGCACUCUGGUGUCCUCACACAACAUGCUAUUCAGCGGCUCUCUCAAAGCCAUUAAGGUGUGGGAUAUUGUGGGCACAGAGCUGAAGCUAAAGAAGGAACUAACCGGCUUGAAUCACUGGGUUCGAGCUCUGGUCGCGUCUCAGAAUCAUCUGUACAGCGGGUCUUAUCAAACCAUAAAGAUCUGGGACAUCCGUUCUCUGGAGUGUGUCCAUGUGCUCCAGACCUCUGGAGGCAGCGUGUACUCCAUUGCGGUCACCAAUCAUCAUAUAGUUUGUGGCACCUACGAGAACCUUAUUCAUGUUUGGGACAUUGAGUCCAAAGAGCAGGUGCGGACUCUGACGGGCCACGUGGGCACAGUGUAUGCCCUGGCCGUCAUCUCAACCCCCGAUCAGACCAAAGUGUUCAGUGCCUCCUAUGAUCGCUCCCUCAGGGUGUGGAGCAUGGACAACAUGAUCUGCACCCAGACUCUGCUGCGGCACCAGGGCAGCGUGACGGCGCUUGCUGUGUCAAGAGGAAGACUCUUCUCUGGAGCUGUAGACAGCACUGUAAAGGUGUGGACGUGCUAAAUGUGUGACCGCUAAUCAUUAUUAGUUGUCAACAUGUUGAGUAAUGUGUCUCUAAUCUCCCGGAACUCAGAAACCACAUGGACUCUGAUGCACACACUUAUAGUAUGAAUAAGAAUAUCAUUCAAGAAAACAUUACAACAUGCAUUGGACCAGAAAUGUUUUUAUUCUGUACCCUAUGGACUUGGGCGUCUGUCCCUUGUGAAUUUUGCAGUAAACUGUUAGUCAAAGA